UGCCUGAACGCCUCUGGUUGCAUCACACAUAGCACUGCGAAACCUGCACUGCUGCUUGCUUGCUUGCUUUUGCCCCACCAGACGCAGACGCAGCUGCACGGAAAUAAUCACAACACACUCCUACAGUGGUCACAACCCAAUCCUCUGUUCGGAUCAAACAAACAUCUUCCAAAUCUAUCUUGAACAAACACUGCAUGUCUUGGGGGCAUCUGCCCUGCACAUGAUUGUACAGACACCGGUAUUCUAUUCUCGCAUCCAUUCAUCCAUCGUCGUCUCUGAGCCAGUGUGGGCCACAUCCGACUUCGAUGAUGCUGCAUUGCUGAAUUGCUGCUCGGCUUGGGGAGCUUCGUGGCCCACUUUGGUUGGGGAUAUUUUUUCUUCUCCUCUUGAAUCAGAACAUCGAAGUCAACUAACACCCGACCAUCAUCGCCCAAGUUCUGGAAGAAGAAUGGAACCUCACCUAUGGAAAGGUUAGGUGAAAAGGUCCAUAUCCAAGCGAGUAUUUUAUUGCAAUGUGAUGCCUCCUUGUCCUUGGGGGUGAAAAGUCGAUCCAAUGUACGUUUCAUGGCGAUGAAGGUGGCCGUCCAUCAUAUAAUGGAUUCUUCGCAAAUCGAUGAAUACUCGACACAUCAGCUGAGAUAGAGGUGAAUGGCAUAAUGAUCAGUGAUGCAAUAAAUCUUCAUACAUGUGGAUCGAGUAUCAGGCACCGAAGAAGUAACUCUUCUAGACACGAGGCCACACGAGAUGGAAAUUGUAAUUAUAAUAAUUAUUUUUUACAAAUAAUUUGAGUCCACGUAGAGUUAUCACACAAACAGCUUAGAAUUUGUCACACGUACCAGCCACAAAUUUGAAAUCUAAGCAACAAGGGCAGGAGGAAAUAAUUCUAAACAAACGUUGUCGAAUGCACAUGUUUCUCGGAACAUUGAAGAAGAAUGUAAAUGCCCAAAUCUAUUCUGAAAGGUUUGCAAGGAACGUU